AAACGAAUAAUUUCUUCAUUUGGAAAAGUUUUUAUAAUAAUUAGUAAUAAAACAGUAUAUAUAUAAUAUAUCUUAACAAUUUCUCAAAUGUCAAUAAUACGACAAAGUAUUUAAGGAGGAAAAUGUCCAAUUUCAAUUACAUGGACAGAGUUCCUGUUAAAAUAUCAGAAAGUUUUAAACCACCUCCCAGGUUGUAUCAAUUGCCUCAGUCAAUAGUUCAUAAAUUGCAAUUACCAGCGGAGCAUUAUAAUGAAGCUCCACAAUAUUGUUAUGACUUCCAGUUGGAAAAAAAGGUUAUUGCCAAAAUGCCUGAGUGGCGCCGUUUAAGGCAGCAGGAGCGGGAGGCACGCCGUGAACGAAAGGAUCAAAGAGAGCAAGAACGUUUGCAAGAGCUGGAAGCCAGAAAUAAACGUAUGCUGGGCGCGGUAAAUUAUCCGAGUACCGAUGAUUUGUCUGGUUCGGAUAAUGAGACAGAUUACAAGCAAACAAAAAAUGUUGGAGGAGAAAAAAAUGAGUCUGAUACAGAAGAAAGAUUAAUUUUACCCCCGCAAAUAAACAGUUUUCAUAACAUACUACAACCAACUAUUGUUUCCAGUACUUGUGAAAAUUCCAAAAAAUUAAAUGGCAUAACAGCAUCUUAUUUGCAAACACAUGCUAAGGCCGGAAAAAAUUGUAGUGGUGCAAAAGAAGUAAAUGCAUUUAAUUAUAAAGACUUCGAAGAAGAUACAUCAUCACCUUUUGAUAAUAUUGAGUUAAAAACGAUUAAUGAUUUAGAUAUAUUAGCGCAAGUGCUUCAUAACACGCAAUUGCAUGUCCAAAAUAAAGAAAUAGAGGAUAAAGAGGAAAAAUUGUCGCACGAAGAAAAUUUGGAGAAAAUUCAAGUAGAAAUUCAAUCUGAGCUUACAACCAAAGAUAAUACUCACAAAAAUAUUACAGAAAAGAACAAUAAGGUUGAACUUAAAAAGGUUGACUAUGAUAAAAUAAAUCACCAACCUUUUCGUAAUGAAAACAUUCCAAAUCCAAUGAUUGCAAAUAACAGUAUGACUAAUGCUACGAAUUGUAAAAGUAAUAAUAGCARCAGAGCGCUUCAUCCAUAUAAUUCACUUAAUAAUCCUGCACAGCAUAUUCAACAAAAAUCCUAUCAAACUUCUUACAAUACAUUAUACAAUGGUGAAGAAAUUCCUCAGAAGUAUUUGAAUUUUAUUGCCCAAACUCAAAACACUUCUGCAAUUUUGGGUAAUCACAAUUACCUAUAUACCCAAAAUUACAAUGGUAGCGCUUCGGUUUACGGUAGUCCCAGACAUUUACUAAAUCAUUCAACUGACGUUAAUUCUACACACUGUAUUGGCAGUAACGCCAAUAACUAUGUAAGCCCGAUUUAUGUCAGCAAUGAAUCACAUUUGCAGAAUCAACAAUUUUUAAACACCAGCAAUUACAUAGAUUCAAAAUCCAAGAGCGUUCCAGAUAUACUGGAAGAGUUAAGUGACGAGGUUCGAAACUCAGAAAUACGUAGGUCCCGUUACUAUAGUUUUAAUUCUGAAGAAGAAAAACAAACUGCAGUCAAGGAUUUUAAUGAAGCAGAUAUAACUCCAAAGCAAUCACCUGUGAAAGUAACACACUCAUCACAAGAGACAAAUCAUUUUGACAAAUUGCCUCUGCCUGCACAACGACUAGUUACAAAUAUUAGUUCUAUGGGCUUUCCGUUGGAGCGAGUGGCUAAAAUUUCCACAAUUUUCGGCACGGAUGAUAAAAAGAUCAUUGAACAUCUAAUACCACUUAGUGAAUUGAUGGAUCUGGGUUUCGACGAAGCGAAAAUCUCCGAGGCUCUAUUUAAAUUCAAUAACAAUAAAGAGAAAGCCUUGGAAUAUUUAAUUUCAUAAUCGCUUGUUCUCUGUAGGGUCCUAUAUUAUACAUCUAUAUAUAUUAGUAUCAAAAUGCUGUUUAUGUGUGUAAUGUAUUAUUAUUUAAAACGUAUGAAUAAUUGAGAGAACUAGGAGAAACAUGAACCGCUUUCAAUGUACAUACAAAGUAGAAAUUUCAUCAAAAUGUAAAAAAAAAAAGCCGAAAAUCACACUGAAAUGAUAUAUUCGUUAUAUUUUUUACCGAAAAUACUAACGAUUAAUAAUGCAAAUGUAAUUGAGUAUUCCUAUAAAUAAACAAAGAGAUACAAAUACGUGAAUAUA